UUUAGAGCGUUAUCGAUAAAAUUGCUAACCAGUAAGUAAUACACAGGUUUAAAAACGUUAAAUGAAGUUAAUUUCUUGAGCGACUGUGUUUGAAGAACACAACUGCUGCUCAGGCGCUGAGCACAUCGAGCCGCUUGAUGCCUUCUGUCGGAUGUCCUCGGGUCCUUCGGAAAUCUACGUGCAUCUUUUUGAAACAGGAAACCCCGAAUUCAUCGAUUCCUCUUUAAAUUGGCUCAAACCCGUUGUUUCACAAUGUUGUCCGUGUUUAAAUCUAUACCAACUCACAUGGACUACAAAGGACAGAAACUUGCAGAGCAGAUUUUCCAAGGCGUCAUCCUCGUCUCAGCGGUCAUUGGAUUCAUUUAUGGUCUUAUUAUUGAGCAGUUUGGAUGGACUGUUUACAUAAUGCUAGUCGGAUUUACUGUCUCCUGUCUGCUUACACUGCCUCCGUGGCCCAUGUAUAGACGAAACCCCCUCACAUGGCAUCCUGCCAUGCGUGAGCCGUCUACGGAAAGCCGCGAAAAGCCUCAGGAGAAUUUAAAGAAGAAGAAGCAUAAAUAGAAUACCAUCUAUUUCGACUUGAACAUCUUUGCAUCCUCUUUCCAGACUUUGUGGACUUGCCAAAAGUACGAUAAUGUAAUGAUUCAACCAUUUGUCAUGUUUCAUGUAAAAUUACAACUGUUUAAUAAAGAUGAUAAUUCUUACA